AUGGGGAAAGACAGGAAGGUUGGGGUGGCAAUGGAUUUCUCGAAGAGCAGCAAGACGGCUCUGCAAUGGGCUAUUGACAACUUGGGUGAAAAAGGUGAUACCUUCUACAUCAUCCACAUCAAGUCUCAUGCAUCCGAUGAGGCUCGCAAUCAACUCUGGUCCAAAUCUGGUUCACCUCUCAUUCCUCUGGUGGAGUUUCGUGAACCAGAGGUGAUGAACAAGUACGAAGUGAAGAUUGAUAUUGAAGUUCUUGACACGCUUGACACUGCUUCCAGGCAAAAAGAGAUAAUCUUUGUUACGAAACUGUAUUGGGGAGACGCAAGAGAGAAGCUGUGUGAAGCUAUUGAAGAGCUGAAGCUGGAUUCAUUGGUCAUGGGAAGCAGGGGACUUAGCACCAUCAAAAGGAUAAUCUUGGGAAGCGUGACCAACUACGUGAUGGCAAAUGCUGCUUGCCCUGUGACCAUCGUCAAAGAUCCAGAUUUCCACAAGCCCUGA